CCCCCUCCCCCCCACGGCUUCCAGGUUCCCCCUCCCUCCCCCCUCGCCCCGGCUCCCGGUGCCCGUCUCCAGCGCCGCCGCCGGAGCCAGCGAGGGAGCGGGAGCGGACAGGAGGAGGAGGAGGCCGCGUCGCCGCCGCUCGGAGCCCGGCCGGAGCCUCCCAGGUACAUGGUGCGGGUCCGAGCCGUGGUGAUGGCCCGAGAUGACUCCAGUGGGGGCUGGCUGCCUGUGGGGGGCGGGGGCCUCAGCCAGGUGAGCGUAUGUCGGGUCCGAGGGGCCAGGCCCGAGGGGGGGGCCCGCCAGGGGCACUACGUCAUCCACGGGGAGCGGCUUCGGGACCAGAAAACCACCCUGGAGUGUACCCUGAGGCCAGGCUUGGUUUACAACAAAGUGAACCCCAUCUUCCACCACUGGAGCCUCGGGGACUGCAAGUUUGGGCUGACGUUUCAGAGUCCUGCAGAGGCUGACGAAUUCCAGAAGAGUCUUCUAGCUGCCUUGGCAGCCCUCAGUCGAGGCUCGCUCACCCCCUCCUCUUCCUCGUCCUCGUCCUCCCCUUCCCAGGACACUGCAGAGACUCCCUGCCCUCUGACGUCCCACGUGGACAGCGACUCCUCCUCCAGUCACAGCCGCCAGGAGACUCCUCCCACAGCGGCUCCAGCUGCCAUUGUCACAGUGGAGUCAACCACGGCCUUCUCUCCAGCCACGCCUCCACAAAGGAGACACUCCUCAGCUCAGAGCUAUCCUCCGCUUCUACAGUUCACUGGGAUUCCAGAACCCUCAGAAUCUCUAGCCGGGGCAGUGAGCCAGGGCUGGGGCGGCCGUGGCUAUGAGGACUACCGGCGAUCCGGACUACCGGCACCUCUUCCCCUGUCUACCUGCGUCGUGGGCUUUGCCAAGACUGGUGCAUUGAGGGGUGCAGCCUUGGGUCCCCCAGUGUCACUUCCUGCCCCUCUCACUGAGGCUGCACCCCCAGCACCCCCUGCUCGUCCACCCCCAGGUCCGGGCCCCACCCCUGCUCCAGCCAAGGCCUCCCCGGAGGCCGAGGAGGCUGCACGUUGUGUGCACUGCCGAGCACUCUUCCGCCGCCGUGCGGAUGGGCGCGGUGGUCGCUGCGCAGAGGCCCCGGACCCAGGUCGCCUGUUAGUGCGCAGGCUCAGCUGCCUGUGGUGUGCGGAGAGCUUGCUGUACCACUGCCUGUCGGACGCCGAGGGUGACUUCUCGGACCCGUGCGCUUGUGAACCAGGCCACCCGCGUCCUGCUGCACGCUGGGCUGCUCUAGCUGCGCUGUCCCUGGCGGUGCCCUGCCUCUGCUGCUAUGCGCCCCUGCGCGCCUGUCACUGGGUUGCGACACGAUGUGGCUGUGCGGGCUGCGGGGGUCGCCAUGAGGAGGCUGCACGGUGAGGAUCAUUGGGCUGGUUUGAAAAUCCGUCUGAAGACCCAAAUUGGAGGGCCCAGAACCCUGAACUCCGUACGAACCUAAAACCCAAACUUAGGUAUGUCUGGAACUUGGAGUUUGAAUGGAUUUGAGAGAUCCCAGAUCUGGUACCUGGACCCCAAACCUAGGACUAAGAUCCCAGACCCAGCUUCAUCAGGAUGUCUGUCAAGUGGACCCAGGAGUCCUGAGUUCUGGAUUCACCCUCCCUCUUCCCCACUGAGGAGACUCAUGACAUUUCCAAACAUUGCAUCUCAGAGCGCCCAGGAGAGCUCACACCUCUGAGACCCAGGGAUUUUUGGACCCUGACUAUCUAAAUACCCAACCCAGACUCCAGGUCAUACUUGACAUUGUAAACACUCAUAUCACAGCCCCCAAAUUAGUCAGGAGUUGCUAAAACCUGACCCUUUAUCAAAUGAUCUUGACCCUGAGGCCAGAGGACCCAGAAUCAACAGAAAAAUUGUCCCUGAAUUUUCACCAGAGACAUGGUAUACCUACAUCUGGAUGUUCUUAUAGGCCCAGAACCCGGAAGCACCAAGUCCUCCCGGGGUAGAAACACAAGGAUGGUUUGGAAUCACCAGAUACUGACUGAAGCCCACCCACUCCUGAGAGUUCAUGCCCAACUCAUUCAUAGUUGCCCCUCAUACCUCAGAUUUAAAAUGCACCAAGUCCUCAGAUAUCCUCAAAUAAGAGGCAUUUUCUGACCAAAAUAGCUUGGGAGGCCCUUUUUAGAGCUCAGCAAGGUCCAGAUGUCAGACACCAAGAUACCCUAGGAGCCGGGAACCGAACGCCUGCCCCUCAAGUCAGCAGUUCUGGAGAACUCGGUUCUCAUGGAUGGUCUCUGAGGUACCUGGUACCCUCAGAUGCAUGAUGGAAGGCCACCAGCACUUUGGGCCCAAUGCACUGGGUUUCAAGUGCUUAGCCUUCCAGUUUCCCCAAGACCUGACUUUUUUUUUUGGUUUUUCGAGACAGGGUUUCUCUGUGGCUUUGGAGGCUGUCCUGGAACUAGCUCUUGUAGACCAGGCUGGCCUCGAACUCACAGAGAUCCACCUGCCUCUGCCUCCCAAGUGCUGGGAUUAAAGGCGGCACCACCAACGCCCGGCUCCGAGGCCUGACUUUUAAGAACCCAAAUGUUCUGGAAACAUUGGCUUCCUUCUAUCGAUGUUCCCCAAUCCCUGUCCAGCUGGGUGGGAGCCUGGAUCUCAGAAGAUAUAGUGGUCAUGGUAACCCAGGCCUCUCAUCCCUUGACUUCAGCUCUCUAGAGCAACUCCAAGGUGCUGUCAGAGCACUGGGUCUAAGACUCUGAGAUGCCAAUCGACCCCUGGGUGCAGGAUUCAAGUCCCCACAAUCUCAAGAUUGUUUCUGGCCUGAGACCUUAGUCCCUCUAUACCAGAGACAUUCAGAAGCAAGAUGCCCCAGGGCCUUGGCACCUAUAGAUGCCAGAUUUUCUAGACUUCAAAGUACUUCUAGACUGAUGGAGCCCCCAGAUACCUCGCCACCUGACCCCCCUGAGUCCUGCCAUCCAGAGGCCCACAAAACAGCAAAGCCCCAGAUUUCCUCUUUAUCCUGGGGGGACGCUUGCACCAGUGUGAAUUGAGAUUGCUGGAAUCCUGGACCACCUAGCAAUCCCUUCUCCCACAGAGGAUCUUACAAGCUGUCUUCUGAGCGGAGGCAGGUAGCUGCAGGGGUCGAGCGGGGACAUGGGAGGAAGGCCUGCCCGGCUCUACUUUGCACAACAGUCCCUUUGGGGCUGGCUAAUGCUCCAUGGAAGGCCCCCCAUCCCUAACCUUGUAGGCCUCCCACGCUGUAACCCCCAGUCCAUUCAGAUCCAUCUCUUGGUAACCCCUUUUGUCUCAGUUGGGAAUGGCUCUGGAAAGUUCGGGACUGUUUCAUGGCACUUCCCACAUGUGUUUCUCCUGGAGAAGAGGGGUGCCACGGCCUCUUUUCCCCAAGAGUGGGGGUGUCCUGGGUAGGGCAACCAAGGUCUCCAAGACAGUCUUGCUGGAUUAUGGGCUUAGGACCUCCAGCUGGCCCUAAGUACCUGGGAAUGUGCACCUGACCAUUCCUUAUUACCCAGGCUUGGAUGGCCUUGUGGGGACUCAAGGGAUUAAUACUUGUGUCACUUCCUUUAAAUUAUUAACUAUUUAUUGUAUCCGGAACCUGUGAUUCAGCUCUCCCAACCAGACCCCGGGAUGGGUGAGAGAAAAACGGGGACAGGGGGUGUACCCCCCAUCCCCACUCUGUCCGGCUCUCAUCACUGUCAGACCCACCAGAGCUGAGGGCGGAGGGGCUGGGGCAGCCUAGGUCCCCAUCCCCCCCUCUGUGCCUCUGUCUCCCCGCUUCCAUGGUGAGCGGGGGAAGCUCCAUUCUUAACCUACCUCGUUUUGGGAAGGGGUGGGAAGAGGGGACCAGAGUGCUGUAUGGUGCUGUGAGAUCUUCGGAUUUAGCUGUGGGGACUGGGAAAGGUUCCCUAGUCUCCAUCUCCCAGUCCCCCCUCUCCCAGGUCCCCGGCCCUGUUCCCUGCCGACACCCACCUCUGAUCCAUGAUUACCUUUCAUUGCCCCCACAUCUGGGGUGCGUGGAGGGCUGAACCCUGGGAGCCAGGGAGACCUCAGACCCUGGAGUCCCCCCAAUUUUCCAGCUGCUUUUGCCCCUCAGAUUGGAUGCCUGCCCCCCAGAUUUUGGGGGAGGCAUGCCAACAUUUAUCUUCCUGAUCAUGAUUCCAAGCCAGUCUGUGACCUCAAUAUUGUUAGUGUCAGCGCGGGCGGAAGUGAAGGGAGGAUGGGGGCCAAAGACCCAGCCUUGUCAUUGGGGGAGGGGGGCUUGAGAUCUGCUCCAAGAAAUGUCUGUGACAGUG